AUGGCGGCGAUAGACGAGUAUGACUUGCCUCCCCGGCCGACGAGCCAGCAAAAGGUUUCGCAUAGAGGAGCCAGCGGACUAUUCGACGAUACCGACGAGAGGAGUUAUCGCGACACUCACGAGAUGCAUCAAGUACAGAGCCCGCAAGGCGGGGCCCAUCAGAGUGCGAAGGAAGAAAGGGUUGCGCGGCGCGUAGCGAUGGGGAAGCCAGCGGAGUCGCGAUUCGGAGGUUUUGUUACGAGAGUUUUUACGAAGCAGAGCAGGAAGGAGGCUGGGGUCGAUGCUGAGGCGGAAGAGGGAAAAGAAGGGGAUGACGAGAGGAGUGAGACUGAGACACAGGGAAAGAGCAUCAUUGAGGAAGCUGUCAUCUAUCAGCAGAAGGAAGCCGCCGCCGCGGCCGCGGCAGCGGCAGCAGCGUCGGACAGUCUUUUCUUACGAGAGUGCGGUAUGGUCAGGGUGAAGAUGAAUGUGCCGGGUGGUUGUAUUAUUGUUCCGAGGAAUUUUGUCUAUCGCGAGGAUUUUACGUACAGGGAGGAUCGGGAUGCUGGGUGGAUAUAA